AUAUGUAAGCCUCAUCGCAAUACUUCCGAUGGUAACCUUCCAGCUAUAGGAUCGGCCAUACCCACGUUAUUGACUUUCGGGACAUGCAAAUGACCAUUCAGUUUUCGAGACGCCCACUAUAGAUCGGCUCAGCCCAUCUUUCCAUCUAAGUGUCCUUUCUGCAAGGGGUUGAACUCCGACUUGAGGAAACACCCUCAAUUAAAUUACAGCGAGUAGAAAAAAUAUAAGGAUGUUUGUAUGCGACCUUGAACUGCGGGCUCAUCAUUGGUUGCGUCGCCACCUUGACCAUUAGGGGAUCCAAUACGUCGCACGCUGUCUUGUCAGCGUCCCAAUGGACAUCUUGGAACGAAGCCACACGAAGCGAGGUUCGUCAUCAACCAAUGACGGUCAGGACGGAGAACAGUUACAGAAACUGCGUGAUCGCCACCGCCAUGCCUGAUCCAGAUACUCCUCGAUGUCCUUCAAUCUCUUUGACUUGCCUGGAUACCAACCUUCCCCAACCCCCAUUGCGAGCUUUAUCCUUCGAGCCAUUGCCUCGUAGGCACACUGCACAUCAAACAAAGAGUCCACGCUGCAUCAUAUUGGCGUCAACAGACUGGUCUAGGCAGCAUGUUGUGGAAUGUGACCGUAAGCCAUCUCAGCCCGAUGUUAACCUAUCAGCCGAGAGCGGAAUGGUGGGAGGAUACCGUGCAGCAUGAUCAAUUCCUGGAAGGGUAUUCGACUAAGACGUGUCAUUCGACUAGUUCGAGCCACCACGGUUCGGCAAGCAUCACUUUGCAGUGGUUCGGAGAAGGAAGUGUAUGGGUGUAUGGCGGAUACAGACAACGGCUUGGAGAAUACCAGGUGGUCCUGGAUACCGCGAUUUACACCCAACAGGGUUACCACGAUGGUGAUCAAGAGCAACCGCAGUUCCUCUUAUUCAAUCGAAGCGAUCUUCCGUCUGGUCAUCACCAACUGCAACUGGUCAACACGAGUCAGGAUCCUAAUCAUCCUGUAUUAGAUCUUGAUUAUAUUGUUUUUCAGACCCCGGCAGAAGACUCAACAGUGGUUGACGACGCUUCGCAUAGUAUAUCGUGGCGUCCAGAUCCGUCAAACAGCCAGGAGCCAGUGUGGCAACAGGACUCGUCAUCACAUUUUACUGAAGAUGUCUCUGGUUGGAUGGAGCUGAAUUUCACUGGUAAUGAUCAAUCUUAUCGCUAUGCUUCUGGAAUCUCAUCGGAUGCACCCUUCAGUGUUUCUCUGGAUGGUUGGAAGACAGUGACGUUGACGCCAAACACUCUAGCACCAUUCGAUAUCACCGAAUCACAGCUGCUCUAUUUCAAGUACGACCUGACCUACGAGACGCAUACGCUAAGUAUCGCCAACAACCCAUCGUCAACCAUGGACGAGAAGAUGAGAUUGAGUAUCGACAAAGUGAUGGUGUACCAGUCGACCACCAAUGCUCACGGGAACGUAAAUCCCGAUUCUACUUCACACCAUAGCUCCUCAAAGUCGAAAGUCGCCAUUGCAGUCGGCGUAUCAGUCGGUGCACUCGUGCUCAGCAUCACCGUAUUUGUUCUGUGGCGGUGUUGGCGAAGUCAACGCAAACACUACUUGGAGAAAUUCGAGCUCUUCCGAAUAAAACCAUAUCGUCGUGCGCCGCAACAUUCUCGAGGACCUUCACAAGAAAUGUCCACCGUAGACUUCGCUUCUGUCCAUUCCCAAACAGAUAGUCGCCGACUGCUUCCAUCGUCGAAGCGAAUAUCCAGGGCCGAAGCGUCCUCGGAGGAACUGCUGGUUCACGGCCUAAAUCAAAGUUCAACCGAUAACACAAUAUAUGACUCUAUAAUGGCAGAGCCACCUGAUUCACCGACACCAGCCACGAUCGUCGCAGACGAUUUCGAUAUGCCUCCAACCCCAAUGACACCGUACGGGGACCCACGUUCGACGCGUUCAUCCACGGUUCUCCCGCGUUCAUCCAGUCGUCUGUCACGAUGGUCAUUCACGCCAGGUUCGUCGACGAAGUCUACUGGUGACACUGGGCGGAACAGACAAGCAUCGGCUUCAUCUACUAGGAGACCAUCCAUUCCUAGAAUACCUUCGACAAUACCGAGGAUACCUCCACCUCUCCGAUUGAGCUUGAAGCCUAGCGGACCGAGGGAAGUGUCACCGAAACCCCCACAUCCGCGAAGAACGGAAACUGAGGACGAGAGUCAGAGCAUCGAUCCAGAUGCAUCAUUUUUGAGGAUGUCGUAUUCCACUGGCAACUCGUCGAGUACAGGCCGCACUGGUACCAAGAUUGCUUCGUAGUGCAUGCGCAGGUCGCAGUGAGGAGUUUGUUGUCACUGUCACGCCAUUAGACAUUCAGAGUCAGGAAUGAAGCGUUCUCCCCUGA